AUGCUCGCGUUGUCGCCUCAGCGCAAACUUCUCGUGGUUACGAGAAUUCCACUUGCCAUUAGUUUGAUAAUCCUCUUGGAAAGCAACACCCUCCUCCAUAAAAAACUCCAUUAUCUUAUUGAUGAGUUGCGGGCCGAUGACACUAAGCAUACUUGUCUUGUUUUUGCAUUCCGGCACGACAUCCAUGACGUGCUGGAUAGAGAGGAGGUGCACGAUAGGUGGAUAGUUUUUUAUCCUCAAGGUAAAAGUGGUGGGUUAUUUUUGUGUUGGGCUACUUGGCAUUCUGUAGUUCGAGUGGUGAUUAAUCAAUUUUGCAUUCAGAUUCAAUGUGAUUGGGGUACCUCAGUAGGAAGGUUUUGGUUGGUUUUUGUUUAUGUUAGUGUGCAUAAUGCAGUGAGACUCCAACAAUGGGAUUAUUUAAGGAGUCAGAAACCUAUGUGGGGUAGCUAUUUGUGGUGA